AUGAAGACAGGUUGGCAAUCUAAUUUGAUCAUAGACUCACAGACAUGAGAGAUGGACAGACAACCCAUCCUGGAAGGCAGAUGAUAAUCUAUACAUGAGACGGUGGGCAGUUAAGAUGAUACAGUAGAUGAAUGAGCUUCAGUUUAUCCACCAUGCGGCUGGCAGUGCUGCAGUUCAUUGCCGGAUUCUGUGGAGCUCUGGGAUCCAUCUUUCUUCUGCUUUCUCUCGGGACCGACUACUGGCUGCUAGCCUCCGAGUCUUGUGAUCCAGGGGACAAAAUUACAGCAAGACUAAGGAGAGUCACUACAGAGGAUGGCCUUCAAGAAGAUCAAGAUGGUCCCGAACAUGCGGUCCUGGCCUACCAUGAAGGUGUUUUCUGGAGAUGCUCCUACAUGAAGGAAAUGGACAGAGGAGAGGACAGCAUGUUGGACUUUUGGAUCACCAACCAACCAUCAGAGAAGAUCUGCACACCAGCCUAUCUCUCCCAAAUUCCUCUUUCUGGCAUUUUAACCUCAGAUUCAACUACUGUACAUAGGGCGUUUUGGUGCAUUAUGUCUGUGCUGGGACUCACCAUGGUUACGCUUGGUGUGUUUGUCACCAUCUGCGGCAUCCCAACGGCCAGCCGUCGCCUUUAUGAAGCUGGAGGAGCUCUCUUCAUAACUGGUGGCCUGCUUGUCUUUUUGGUGGUAGGAACGUUUGCGGCGUGGGUGCAGGGUUCAUUCUCUCUGGAGCAGUACGUCCUCCAGCGCAGGCUCUCGGCAUGCCCCAGCCUCCACCUCAGCGUCCACUAUGGCCUGUCCUUCAUGCUGGCCCCCGCUGCCUCCUUCUUCUGCCUGCUGUGUGGCCUGCUGAUCCUGCUCACGCAGACCGCCUCCAGAGCAGAGUCUGCCAGCGCAGCACGUGAGCCGCCCUCAGUGCAGGAGGGAUGGCAGGUCAGCACGCUGUAGGUCUGCUGAGUAAGACAUGGAGAUGUAAUGGAAAAAGCUACUGCUAAUGCUUCUUCUGGCUGCCAAGGAGGAUGAUGUGUUCCUGAAGAGAAGAGUGCUGCUGGUUUGCGCUUAGGUCUACUGCAGGGGUGUCCAAAGUCCGGCCCGAGGGCCAAAUGCGGCACACAGACCGAUUUUAAUUGGCCCCCGACUUCUGUCUUACAGUGUAUUUUAAGCAGCCCGCCAGCCAGUACGUUGCAGUUCUUUCUUUUACCUGAUGGUGGCAGCUGACCAGACCUGCAGCUUCAUUUACUGAACUACACUUAGUCAAGACUACAGACAUAAAGCUCAAACUAAACACUGAGAUAAGAAAACUUCUUAUCAGAGCAAAUUCAGUCGUUCAGUAAAUAUUAACCCUUUAACCUCUUCAACUCCUUGAGACCACCGGUGGUUCCAAAACGCAC